UUUCAGAGUGGUCCGCUCUCAAAAUGACGGUUUUUACAUUUGUCGUAUUGCUACUAUUCUACUUUUGCAACACUGUCUUCUCGUAUUAUAUUCAGACUAAACGAUUCGACUAUGAUCCUUCACCAAUUCUGAUGUACAACCAAAUGUAUUCUCAUGAUAAUUGGGUCCCUUUUCGCUACGAAAUCGACAGACAAGUUGAUGAAGAUGUUAUUCCAAAUUGGGAGUCGUUGGCGGACGGUGGGACAAUGGACAAAAGAGUGACUGCUGAUCAGAUAAAUUCUUUGUUGAAAAAUGCGUGGCUCGGUCGAUAGAUUCUGAGAUUUUGAUUAAUAAAGUUUUUAUCA